AUGUUGGAUACUAGUGAUAAAGUUACUGCUUUCUGUAGAAAAUUGGAAUUGUGGAACAGAAAUGUAAAGCAAAAAACAACUCAUAUGAAAGUUGUUUUUGUAACCAUUGAAAAUCAUCUAGCCAUGCUGGCAAAGAAUUUUACAAAGUAUUUUUUUGCUGAUGAGAAUUUGCUAGCAGGUUGCGAGUGGGUUGGGGAUCCAUUUCAAAACACUCCUGACGGCCUUUCAACUGCUGUAGAAGAAAUGUUCAUAGGCUUCCCGGCAAGCGGCGAAAUCAAAAGACAAUUUAGUAACAAACCACUCUUUGAAUUUUGGGCAAGCUUGGAUAAUGAGUUCUCUGCGCUGAAAACAAGAGCGCUACGUAUACUAUUACCAUUUUCAACAUCGUACCUUUGUGAAACCGGAUUUUCUACGAUGGCUGCAUUGAAGACAAAAUAUAGAUCUUGGUUGAAUGUAGAGAAAGAACUUGGAGUGUCAAUUUCUCAAAUUAAACCGCGUUUCGAAAAGCUUUGUGCGGCUAAACAGGCUCAAGGGAGUCACUAA